GACUCCGAUAGCUCGUUGUCCGAGGCGCCUGAGGAGGAAGUCAAGAAGCUUGCGCCCAUCUUCAUGAAAGCGAAGAAAGCCACCAAACUCGUUGCUCCUUCCCCAGUCGUCUCGCCUCCUCGACCGAAGAGACCGCCUUCACCACCCCACGAAGAGGUUUUGGCCGACAAUCCCGACAUUGCAUUCAUCGUUAUGUUCAGAUCACGUUUCCAGGAAGCAUUCUCCAGCAAGUUGGCGCAAUUCGGCCCGCAGGACAUUGAAAGAGGUGUUGUGGAUACUGUGCCGAGUCCGGAGAUUCAAAGUCUACUCUGCGCACUGCUGGCGCUGGUGCUGAACAGGAAGAAGCCGAUCGAACGAGGACAUCACGGGCGAGCUUUGGAGGAGGCCAUCUCAGCACACAAGUCACAAUGGCCGCUCAAGUGGAACGGCCAAAAUCCGCUUCCAGGAACCAAGGACUUCAGCGAUUUGUCGCCGUCUGAGAGGCUCAACUUCCUCCGCACUCUCAUCAUCUGGGCAUUGGGCUCGUCCGAGGUCAUUUCCGACAUCAUCAAGAACAAGUACAAACAGCAACGCCACAAUGACGACGAGAAUCAGCCGCUGUCUGUUCAGCCGUGGGGACUUGAUGGCGACAAGAGACGGUACUUCCUCGUGCAAGGCCUGGACGACACAAAUUUCAGGGUCUAUAGAGAGGGAAGUCGGUAUACCAAAAACGCUCACUGGUACAGUGUGGCUGGCGACAUUGAAGAGGUGAAGGCUCUCGCCGAGAAAUUGGAAAAGGUCGACGGUACACAAGCUGCUCGUCGUCUGGGUGGGAAGAUCCUCAACGCAGUUCCGACAUUCGAGGCCACGGAGGAGAAACGCCGCCGCCGCGAAUACCGACAACAGCGUCGUGCUGCCUUUACCCGUCCGGAGCCUGGAUUUGGCAUCUACGAGGGACGCACCCGUGGCAAGCGCAUGCGAUACACAUACGAAGAGGACGACGAAGGCUCCGAGUCCGAUGCUACCUCGGCACGCCGCUCCACCCGUAACCAGUCUGCUCGCAGCACUCCCUUUGAAACCGGCCCGACCUACACCGCCAGCGGACGACAAAGCAGGCAACCUCGUACCGGGGGGUAUGGGGAGAGCUUGCUCAGCAACAACGUGAUGAAUUCGGAAGAUGUGCAGGGCAACGACUAUGCGAGCCGCGCCGGCAGUGAUGAAACUGAUCCAAUACGCUCUGGUGGGAGAUCGACCAGGACUAGAGGUGCCCAACCUGCUACAAAUGGCCACAAGCGAAAGCACAUUGAAGGCUACAACUCGAUCGAUGAAAUGAGUGAUGAGGAUGACGCCUCUGCAAAUGGCGAUGGAUGGGACUCUGACAAGAACGGCGAUGACGAAGACGAACACAUGGCCGAUGCCGACGAUCAGCAAGACGAUGCGGCUUCCGAGCCAAGCGAGCUUGACGAAGACGACGAUUCCGGCCUUGGAUCGUCAAGAAGUCUGCUUGUCAAGCUCAAGGUU